CAAUUUUUCGCCCCAGCAACUCGUACCAAACAAUAUGGCGGCGGUUGUCAAUUUUUUGUUUAUCUAAAAUUGAGAUAGAGUACAUACGUUUACACUAAGGUUUACAUUAAGAUCUGUGUCCAAUCAUCACUAGAAAUGGGCAUUAAGGAGUUGUAUCCAAGUAUUCGAGAUGAGAGGAGGACAUUUCGCUAUGGUACAAACCGUAUGGUUGAAAUAGCUUUGCGCCAUGAGCUUGAUGAUAUGGCCAAAAAAUCACUGGAUGAAAUCAUAAUUAAAAAAGAAUUGGAACAACUUAGACCUAUUGAUAAUGAAGAAUUUACAUCAAGGAGGUUACAGCCGGCAUUUGCUCCUAGACGUUUAAGACAGAAGAUGAAGCUGCAACCAGUGUUUCAUGAUGAACUUCUCAAACUCAAACCAAAGGCACCCCAGUUUAUGCUGAUUCCAAACAUUCCUCCAUAUAAUCCACUUGACAAGUUUGGUAUGCCGAAAGAGUUUAGCGAUGACAAAAUCAGAACAUUUCCAUACGCUAGAGAAAAUACAGUCAACACUGAAGAAAUGCAGAGGGUAAAGAUUUCCACUGUUGGUGUGUUACCUAUCAGGAAAAGUACUGAGAUAUCUAAUUUGAAAGUGAUUAUGGAGGGACAACCUGUAGCCCAUUGGAGGGAUGCUGAAUUACAUGAAAUACAAGAGGCUAAUCAGGUGACAGAUGAAAGAGCAGAAACUCCUGGUACCCCAGAUGAACUUGAGAUGGAAGCAGAACUAACUGACAGACCAGAUACUCGUCUAGAGUUUGAACCUGACAGACCGGAGACACCAAAAAAGAAACCAGCCAUCAUUGGCUCUGAGGGGACAUCUAUUAAAGUAUCGCUAGCUGUGAGGCCACCAAUGAAACCCCAUCCUGCCACCCUGAAGAAGAAAUAUAGAAGAGGAAGGAGUUCAAGAAGUGUUGCCUCCUCGUUGAAGAGUGGGGAGAUUUUAUUACCUGGUAAAGAAGUUUAUGGUAAAUAUGAUACAGCCAUUGAGGAUAUAGAUGGUGAUUUAGAGAAUGUUCAAACUGCCAUGGGAACACAGGAACAGAAGGAAGUGCAAAUCCCAACAGCAGGGGAGGAUGGAAGGAAAAGUGGGGCAAUGUCAGAGGCAGCAAAAUCUGUGCAUGAUAUGUUAGAGGAAGCCAGGAAAAUAGCAACACCUGGUGCUGAACCGGUGCAUAAAAUGAAAAGAUCUCCACGGAAACGUGAGGUGAAGAAAGAUGUCAAGAAAAUGAAAGGAGAUAAGGGUAAAGGAAAGAAAGAUGAAGACGGGAAAGAUGGAGCACAAAGGGCAGAGAGAACUGUUGAUGAAAUUAUUGCUUCUUUAAGGAGUCAGUCCAGAACAGGACAGCAGUCAGAAGCAGAUCGUAAAAUACAGGAAAUCAUGGAAAGGGUCAUGUCAAGGUCAAGCGGAGCAACUGGUGAAGAGAACAUGGAAGACAAGCCUGGUUUACUUCAGUUCCCGGAUACAGACCAGGAUGAAAGGAGAGAGGGAGAUAUGCAGGAAGCUAUUCUAGAAGAAGAAGAGGAGAAACAUACUGAUGAACAAGACAAGAAAGAAGCUGAAAAAUAUCUAGAAGAAAGAAUGCAAACUAUAGAUGCCAACAUUCCGCCUGUACCUCCGUCAACUGCCCAGCGACCAGCAGAGGUUGAACGUCUUCUAGGUCUUGAUGAACCUGACUCUGAUGAUGAUAAGGAACCUGUCAUUGACAUACAGAAGGCUUGGGAAGAUCUACAACAGCCAGAUGUUCAGAAUGAAGAUCUUGUUGGUGUGACUGGUACAUCAGCUCUCCUAGAGGGCCGCCAUCCACCACUACCUGGGUUUAAGUCCAAUGCUGCACCAGUAUACUCCAACGCAGUCUCCUUUCUGUCGGCAUGGAAACCAGUAUCAGAGAAACGUAAACGCGAGGAUGAUGUUGAGACUGAGUCACGACCCUCGAAGAGCGUACAUCAUUUCUGUACUGCAACCACAGAAUAUCAACUUCCUGAACAAUUUGUUAAUGUUGGCAGGAAGUAUCAUACUCCAAGUAGAUUUGAGUUUGCUAUGCCAGAUCAACAGUUCAGAUUUGGUAGUAGAGGACCUAGUGCUAUGGAAGAUAGACCAUUACAGAGUGGUCAGACGAGGGCCUCUGAUACAAGAGACUCGGAGCAACGUAGAAUCUCUGCUGCUGCAAGGAGGGUAUUACAGAAGGUAGAGGAGGAGGGGGAUGGAGAUGAUACUAUGGAGGCAUGGCAACAGAGGGCAGAGGAAGUGUUUGAAAGUCCGAAUGUAGCAGGGACUGCUAUGUCAUCACAGUAUAAUGAGUCUCGUCUCUACUGGACCCCAGCUCCACCUAAACUUGAUGUAGCACCAGCCAAGGUCAAGGACAUCCUGUUUCCUGAAUAUCAGAGACCAACAGUUGGAGCAGUGUCUCAUGAGAUGCAGGAAAUGAUGGAGGAGUCAUCUAGUAGUGAGGAGGAAGAAGAAGAAACUGAGAUAACCGAGGAAGAUAGAGAACAGAUGGAACAGCUAGAGAGAAUUAUGUUAAGACGUCACAAGUCGAUGGAGGAUCUGACAGAUUUGGUAAAAGCCACACGUGAGAGAGAUGAGGAAAUUAAAGCAGGCACACUGUUUCCUUAUGAAGAUAGGAUUGUCUUAGAAUCUGAGAAAGAUGUAAAAACUCCUGUUCCUGAAGAGCUGGAGUCAAGUUUUGUGAAGGUGACUGGACCAGUUCUCGACUCGGAUCUAUUUCCCACCUUUGUCCCAUGGAGGAGAUCAAAUUCUGCACCAGAUUUAAAUGAUGAGGAUGAUGAUACACUGAUGGUGUCACAAGAUUUCAACACGGCCAUGGAGGAAAUACAGAGACAAAAACGUAACAUACGAGAAUGGAAGAUCCAGCAAAAACUAGAGCAGCAGCAACAAGAGUCGAUGCAACCAGCUGAAAUAUUCCAGGAGGAGGAGGAGACCAUAGAUCAAUUAAAGAGGGUUGAUCCACAAGAGUACAAGGCAGACAUCCUAAAAAUACACUCACCCCAGAAACAAGAUGAACCAACCCCGGCAGAGCUUGCACUGGCUGCUGGAAGGGCAUAUGUUAUACUGCCAAAAAAUCCAUCGAAAAUAAGCUUGCCUACAAGCUUGGUUACGGGCUUUGAUACAGAUAUAGCCUUGAAUUGGCUCAGGAAGAAGAAAAAGGUGAAGUCCACUAUAUCAAUGGCCAGACUGGAUGAGAUUGAAAACUUCUUAAAGAAACAACCGAAGAAAUUAGUGCGAUCAGAGUCCAUGAUCAGAAUACCAAAACCUAUAGAGAAAGAAAUGAGAGUUCCGACUCGUAUUAGAGAAGGUAGUAGAAGAAGUAUGCCAGAUAUCUUCAACUUUGAUGAUUAUGGUAGAAGGAAAGGUCUCAAGAAAAAGGACGACACUCGUGAAUGGGUUAGAGAUAUUUGGAAUACUUGGUUUGAUGAAGUUUUUCCACCUACUCCAGAAGAUUCAGAUUAUGAAGAAGAAGAGGAACUGACAGAAGAACAAAUAGCUGAAAGAGAAGAAGAGGAAAGGAAAAGGAAGAGGAAAAGUUCAAUGUCCAGCUCAGUACCGGAGGGUAUGGAAUAUAUAGAACCAUUAACUGAGAGUGAUGAAACUCUAGAGGUUCACCAGAUUAUAAUGGAGGAGAUAGAGAAAUUGACAGGAGAGAUGAACAAAGUGAAGAGACCUAAAGCAUUUGACUACAGCAGACGUGGGGCUCUAUAUAGAAAGAUUGGCUAUUUAAAGGCAGCAGAGGAUGACUUAGGAAGAGCUAUACAACUAGAGCCACUGUUACUAGAUGCCUACUGGCACAGACAUUUACUGUAUAUUCUACAAGAUAGGAAGAAAGAAGCCCUGGAUGACCUUACAUUUCUACUGAAACAUACAAAAUCACAUGCUGGGGCAUAUAGAUCCAUGGCUGAAAUUUAUAAGAAACAAGAUGACAUCACCAUGGCGAUAGUCAACUAUACACAGGCAAUAAAACUCAACCCUAGAGACCAUGAGGCAUAUUUUGCACGUGCAGAGUGUUAUGAAAAGCGUGGAGACAUGUUAUUGGCCCUGGAGGAUUACUCCGCAUGUACAAAGAUCAAGCCAACUAGGACAGAUGCUAUACUCAAACAUGGAAUGUACUACUUUGAAAAUAAGAGCUGGGGAAAUGCUAUUAAUGAUUUUACUGACUUACUGAGAGUUGACCCGCUAAAUGCCUCUGCUCGUGUACUUCGGGGUCGUGCCUAUGCUGCCAUGGGUCAGUGGAGCCCUUCAGUAGAGGACCUAUCUGCAGCUAUACAUCUGGAUCCAAACCACUGGCAGGCUUUCUAUCAUAGAGCAUGUAUAUUGAGAAAAGCUCACCCAAAGAGAGCAUUACAUGAUUUUAGUGUAUCACUUAUGAUAAAUGAUUCCGAUGAAAACAUCAGCUCAUAUCUUCAUAGAGGAAUCCUGUAUAAUGCCAUGGGAAAACCAGAAGAUGCUAUACCAGAUUUUGAGAGUGUGUUAAAGUUGAACAAAGACAAUGCCUGUGCUCACGUGAAUCUUGGGUUGAUAAUGAUGAAUCAUUAUGAUAAUUAUCAUAGAGCCAUCAAAAGGUUUACAUCAGCCAUUAAAGUAGAUCCGACCUAUGUUAGAGCCUAUGUGUGUAGAGGGGAAGCUUAUCAUAAAAUACAUGAGCUGAAACUAGCUCUGAGGGAUUUUACUAGAGCUAUACAUCUACGACCAGAUGUACACCAUUACUAUAUGUACAGGGGUCAACUUUUACUGGAACUAGGUCACCUUGACCUUGCAGCUUUCUGUGUCAGACAUGCUUCAGAGAUUGGCAGUAAUGUAUCUAUGGGACAACGCCCCACCCAGCAAGCUGUUGUACACUCAUUCUUGAAAAAUUAUGACAAGGCUAUAGAGGCGUUACAGACGGCAUCCCGAUCCAAACCAACCGCCUCCAUGUACAUGCUGUUAGGUAAAACUCAGAUGAAGGCCAAGAAAUUUGAAAAUGCCAUCACUAGUUUCCAACUGGCACUGUCUGUUUAUGAACAGGAGUAUAGAUUUCAGCAUUCAAAACCAUGGAAGGCACGAGAUCCCUGGCCCCAGGAGGCGGCAGAUGCCCAUUAUCUAAUUGGUCAAUGUAGCAUGGAAUUGAGGAACUAUCUCGAUGCCCUCAAUGCAUUUACUGAUGCUAUCAAACUAAACUCUUCAAUGGCGGAGGCCCUGUAUCAAAGGGGAAUGGCAAGGAUGAAGUUAAAGAUGUCUAAAGGAAUACAAGACUUCAACCGUGCACUGGCAAUCAAUCCUACCAUAUUCCAGGCGUAUCUGUCCAGAGCUUGUUACUAUGGCGGCAAGGGAAACUACACUAAAGCUAUCCUUAACUGUAACGAGGCGAUCAAACUUCAGCCAAAUAGUGUUAGAGCUUUUCUUUACAGAGGAGCAUUGAAGUAUCAUAUCAAGGCAUAUGAACUUGCCAUCAAAGAUCUAUCAAAGGCUGCAAGUAUAGACAGUACAUGUGCACUAGCAUACUUUAAUCGUGCCGUCUGCUACCAGGAAAAUAGAGAUUAUCAAAAGGCUCUAACAGACUAUGGUAUUGUCCUGCUUCUAGGAGAUUCACUUAAACUUAAGGUGCUAAUUAACAGAGGAUUGUUGUAUUUUGAGAAACAAGAUUACUUGAAUGCCCUGUAUGACUUCAAGUUAUCUGCCAACAUGAAUCCUAAUGAUCACAAGAUACUUCAUACACUAGGACUCUGCUUCCAUAAGUUAGGACGUUUACAGGAGGCUGUGAAGACAUUUACAUUGUGUGUUAAGAGUCAACCAUUCUUCCUGGAUGGUAUCAUAGCCAGGGGAAAUGUUUAUAUGGACUUUGGUCAUGAAAAGGGUCUAAGAUAUGCCAUGCGUGACUACCAGCGAGUAUUAAGGUUUGAUGCGAUGAAUCUACCUGCACGAGUUAAUCUAGCGUACACAUUACAAGUGUCCGGUCACUUCAUGCAGGCUUGGAGACAGUUUACUACAGCUAUAGAUCUAAAACCUAAUUAUAAACCAGCACUUGAGGGUCGGUCAAUAAUUAAUCUACAGAUGAGUGACACAUUCGCCUCCUUCCAUGAUAUUAACACAGCUAUAAAGGUCAACCCAACUGCUGAAUUACUUACUAAUAGAGGAGUCAUACAUCAGUUUAUGGAUGAUGGUGUUAAUGCAAUGCGUGACUACCAGGCUGCUAUAGAACUGGAUGAGACUUACUCCUUGGCAUACUUCAAUGCUGGAAAUGUUUACUUCCACAGCAGGCAGUUCUCACAGGCCCUGGAUUAUUUUACCAAAACAAUAAAAUACAACCCGAAGGAUGAGUCAGCUAUCCUUAACAGAGCUAUUACCAGAGUGAUGUUGAAGGAUUCUCAAGGUGCCCUGGAAGAUUUCCGGGCGGCCAUCAAGUUAAGCCCAUACUCUGCCCACAUGUACAUGAACAGAGGUAACCUGUAUGCUUCAACACAACAAUAUGAUAUGGCAGAGAAAGACUUUACUAAAGCUUUGGAAUUGAACCCUGAUGACCCUCUGGUAUUAAAGCGGCGAGCUGAUGUGCGAGGAAAAUUAAGCAAGAGGAAAGAAGCGAUACAAGACUAUAGACAAGCUAUUGAACUACAGGGCAGAAUUAGAUAUCUUAAAAUGGGAAAAUAGUCUACAAAAAACAAAAACAUUCUGAACAUUGUAUGUGUACUGUUGGAAAAACGUGUAAAAAAAACAACAACAAAAAACAACAAGACAAUUGAAUUUUUCAUGUGGUUGCUUCUUUUCUAUGUAAAACUUAAGUGUAUCAACUUGGAUGAGUUAUAAAGUUAUAAAGAAAUCUAAAUAAAUAUGGCGUUUACUGAUUUGUUGGAAACUUUGUUUUGAAAUUAAAAUAUUUUAUCUUUUUUGGAUUCUUAAUGUAUUUAAAAUUCUAGAGUUAAAUAAAAAAAAUAUCACACUUUAAAAAUGCAUAGAAUGAUAUUACUUGAUUUUUUUCUUUGAUCAUAAUUCAUAACAUCUUAUGUCUAUAUUUUAUUUUAAAUUAAAUAAUUUAAAGCAAAGGAUAUUUAAUACAACAACAUUUAAUACAUGUAUCUAUGCAGUAUGUAGAGGCAUGGGCGACUUAUUCAUGCCAAUAGUUACCUCCCAUUGCAAUGCAUUUUUAUAAUGUGAUUGCUGAAAGUUUGAAAAAGUAUAAAAGAAUUUCUUCCUCAUGAGUAAUGCUGAAAAGUUGUCAUAUAACCCUGCUUGUUCCUAAGUGUCUUAAAAAUCACUUGCCGAAUCAAUUAUUGAUUUUUUAUUGAACUAACUUUUGUGGCUUAAUGAUUCAUAUUUUUUACCUACACACCUGCAGCAUUUACUUAUGUACUGUUCGUUAAAUAAAGAACAUUUCUGUUUUUGCUUUAACUCUUAUUUAAAGUGACUUUAACUUGGAUUGAUAUGGAAAUUCUUAAGUAUAUAAUAUUGAAUAUAAUUAUAGAGUAUUAAAGAGCAAAGCUGUUUGCUGGUUGUGUUAUGUAUAUACUAUAUUGUGAUGAUUUAUAUAUAGGCUGUGAUAGGCUGGGAGAACUGUGUCUCUCAUCUUUAUUAUUCUAUGUGAUUUAUUGUUUCUUAUAGUUUAUUUUUCAAUCUUUCUAGAAAAAGAGUAAAAUUUUUAAGUAUCAA